AUGGCAACCUUUGCCUUUCCAACUAUUUAUACUCUUUAUAGGUAUCUUUAUUCUGGAAAGAUUGUCGACUUCGCUAUACUGAGCGAUGUAGCACUUCCACCAACACUCACACCGCCAGAGAAGAUUGGGCUGAUAAUGAGCGAUCUAAAAGCAAAAGUCAGCUGGAUUCCACCAGUUAAUCUACCAUUCCAAGUGUUCGGAAAUUCGUGGAGAAACAUCUCUUACGAAGUUCGCCUUGUCUCGCCUGACACUCCCGACUCACCAGUGGCCGUCAAAAUGAGCAACGAAACUUCCGUAGUGGUGCCCAUAAGUCCAGGAUCCGAGUACACGGCUUCGGUUCGCGUCUGCUGGAAUACGGUUUGUUCUCCGUUCGUGAACGUCAUCAACACAGCAUUUGCCGUGCUGAAAUACCCUCCAAUAGCGUUCCUAAAGCGAUCGAACGACGCCACCACAGCUUUCGAUCUUCUCGGGGAAGAAAUGCAAGCGGACGCCAUCAAGAUGAGUCGAUUUUACCCACCGUGUCUCAGAGCCAGCCGAUGUGUUUCCGUUCACCAGUUUUCUGUCCGUGAAUUUUCUCACUGUGCUGGCAAGCAGAGCAAGUCUUGUGUUGGCCACCUCAUAUCAAAUUAUCAGCUACCGUCCUCACUGGAACUGUCGAACACGUGUGAGCAGUUCAAUCCCAUACCCCGCUCUCAACCACCACCAGAGGAACCUGUGCAUUAUAGGAUUUUCUCCUGCUCGCCACCAUUGGAAGAGUGCUCGGAGAUCAUUGGUUUGUCGUCGGACGAUAUCAGUGGAGAAAUUCAUUUUCUUGCUCAGUUCCCGAACGGAACAAGUGCCCUUUAUGAGCUGAAUCAAGAAGACCGAACGCCACGACCACUGGCCACUUCUAAAUUCGUCCAACUAUUGGUAUCGAACGAGAAGGUGAUCUUUGUGACUCAGCGAGGGCGAGUCGGUCAAUGCGACAAGAAGCUCGGCUCCCUUAACGUCAACUACGCGCUCGUAGACGUCAACACCGUGGUUCCAGUGAACCCCACCGAUGUGUCCAAUCGAGUGGAAAUCCAAGCGGAAAGCGUGGUGAUGGGAGAAUCGAAAAAGGAUGAACUCUCGUGGGUUGUCGAUCCUCGACAGGAGCCUGGCAAUGUACUCUACAAGAUUUCCCUCUAUAGAGAAAAACUGUUUGUUGGAGAUGCUCACACGGCUGUUACCACUCUUACAAAGAUGACACUGCCAUCGGAAUUGCUCCAGUCAUGGUCAUCAGCUCAGCGUUUCGAUGUCAGCAUUGCCGGAAUCACUACAUGGAUGUCGUUCAAUACAAGCAAGAUUGGACUGCAGGCUCCAUUGAAACCUCCCACAGCUCCAACAAAUGUACGACUCUAUGCCACACAACAGAAAACCGUCGAUGGUGCUCGAGCGAUUAUUUCGCUUUUCUGGUCACCUCCACUUCAGUGGAAUGCCACACCUUUUCAGUAUAUAAUCAACUGCACGAAGGAUGACGGUACUACGCAAGGAGGCCCUGUGGGAAGCACCAUUACCCAUAUCUCCUUUGAAGUGAAGAGUGGCAAGGUCGAAUGUUCCGUGGCAGCCGCUAACGAACCGAACAACAUUGGCGAAUUCACUCCGAAAAUCUCGAUAGACAGUAGCGAACUAAAGCCUUUGGUGCGACUGUUCGCAAUAGAUUCCACCAAUGCUCUCAUUGCCAUCACUAAUGUUACCCAGGACGAGCCGGUGUCGAAACGAGAGAAGCGUCAGAUCUCACACGUGAACCGGGUAAUAAGUAUUUAUCACAGUAUAGAAUCGAAUCUCUCCUCCAUCCUCAAACAGUGGCAU